AUCUUGAGUUGGAAAAUUCUCCAAUUUUGGCGCACGCGCAUUGUCAUUUGUCAAAAAUUGGUGUCGCAUCACAUGACCCGAUUUGUCCCCGUGACCAAAAUUGAAGGAAAAUUCAAAAAAUUCAAGUCAACCAACACAAAUAGGCCCACCAUGGAUAUGCUGGACCCCUUGGAUUCGAGUGCAGAAGUUGAAGAGGUUGAGUCCAAAGUUAUACUAAACGAUAAUGUCAUAUCAAAGAACUCCGUCGAAAGUGACGAUGAGCAGAAUGUUGUUGACCACCUUUCACCUCAGACCCUUCUGGAGACUCCCCCCGAUAACGAAGUACAGUACUCUUUGAGGUCACCAGAAGGCAUGAUAACGUACAGAGUUCUCCAAGUGGAGGAAGGUGUGGAGUCUGUGCCUCAAAUUGUCACAACUGGUAGCAAUUUCUCAAAUACCAACGUCCAACAAGUCCUCACCAGUAAUCUUAACGGCCAGGUCUAUGUUAUUGGAAAUCCAAACGAUGUUUUUGCCACACAAGCAGGGGCCAGGGCCAUAGCGCCAAGAUCUUCUAUUAUUGACAAUAGCACUUCGGUGGUAACGAAUAUAAAACGACGGGACGAAAGGCGAAGAGCCACGCAUAACGAAGUAGAGAGACGAAGGAGAGACAAAAUCAAUAAUUGGAUUACGAAAUUAUCGAAAAUAAUCCCAGAGAACACCCCUCCGGACAUGAAAGGCAACGGCCACUACGACGGCCAGUCCAAGGGUGGAAUUUUAGCAAAAGCGUGCGAAUAUAUUUUAGAAUUACGGGACAACGAGCAAAAGUGUGACCUUUACAUGAAGGAAAAUAAGCAACUAAGUCAAGCACUCGAGUUACUCAAGCAGAAAAAUGCAGCUCUAGAACAAGAAAAUAGGACUUUCAGGGAAAUUUUAAAAAGAAACGGACUUGACGUACCAAAUAGUAUAAUGUCAUAGAUCUAUGUAAUUAUUUUAAUAUACCUACAUAUAAUAAUUAUUUUAAGGAAUAUUACACUAUUAUACUUUUGUUGUGUGUUAAGGACUUUUUUGGAAUUUUUAUGCUUUGUUGCUACAAGAUUAUUAAAUCGAGGAUUUUUGUUACUGGGUAGUUUCAUAUCGUGCGAUUCGAUACCAAUUUAGGCUGGCUUGAAAAUGAAGAUUUUUUAUUGGUAUUUUUUACGAUUCUUCGGCAGUAGUUGUGUUAAGAGUGAAAAUGGUUAAAUUCGUUACAAUGAGGUGCCUACCUAGAAAGGAGACGGGAUCACAUGAUAUAACUAUGUACGCGUGAUAAUAACUGUAAUUUCUAAUAAAUGCGACAAUUGUC